AUGUCAUAUUAUAUAUUUAACAUACUGGUGUUCUGUGCAGCAUUGCAAUGCAGCUUCCAGUUAGUGCCUUUACCGGACUACAUUCACCCAUGUUCAGAGCUCAGCGAUGAAUGCUUCACCAAAGCCACCCUAGAUGCCAUACCAGGGGUUGUGAAGGGCAUUCCUGAAGCCGACAUACCACCCUUAGAUCCUUUAUACAUGGAUAGAAACAUCAGUAUAGAACUACCCGGAAAUCUAAUGAUGACUUUCCACAACGCCAAAUUAUCAGGACUGGGAUCAUGCGUGCCAAAUAAAGUAUCAUCCCGUCGUGCCACGCGCACCUUUGUGUUCGACAUGCAUUGCAACUUUACUAUCCGCGGUCUAUACAGCUUGCGAGGUAGACUGCUACUAUUCAAUCUAGAUACCGAAGGAGCUGCUAAAAUAAAAAUCUGGAACCAACACAUAAGACUGGAAGUUGUAGAAAAGGUGGUAAAGAACAAAGAUGGAGAGGGCCACUACAAAAUCAACUCUUACAAAUACAAGGCUGAUUAUGGCACAGACCUCAAGAUGAACUUGACCAACCUCAUUAGAGGCAACCCUGAAAUUAGUGCCAACAUUCUCCAAGUUCUCAACAGGGAUUCUCAACUGUUCGCGAAUGAGUUCGGAGAGCCCAUUUUAAACUACGCCAUUGAUUAUGCCAUGAAUGUCACCCAAAGAUUCUUCGAUACGUUUACCUACGACCAGAUCAGUCACGUGCCACUUACAGAAGACUUUUUUGUGAAAGAGUAG